UGCGGCGGCCGCGUCCGCCAGCUGCAGCUUCCCGUGCUCCCCCCCCCGCCCCCGAGGGCGCGCCCCCCUCUCGCGGCAGCAGCUGCGGGGACUCGGCGCGUGGGUGUGUUUGGGGGCUUCUGCCUCGGCGGCACGGGUGCCACCUCCCGGGACGCUGCCCACUGCGUUCCCGGUCGCGAUCAAACAAAUAAUAGAAGUCUGUUGAAGCUUUGUCCUGACCUGUUCUGAAAGUAGAAGAAUACCCUGGAGAAAGGAGCAUUGUAAGCACAAAGAAUAAGACUUCUCAAUCCUGGGAGAGAGAAUUAGUCUACCCUCUGAAUGGCUACAUUAAUGUGAUGUGGGGAUCGAAUUUACCUAGGAAUUGACUUAAAAGUCUUGUGGAAGAUCUGGAAGAAACAGGUAUUAAGUCAUGAUGCAGGAAUCUGCGACAGAGACAAUAAGCAACAGUUCAAUGAAUCAAAAUGGAAUGAGCACUCUAAGCAGCCAAUUAGAUGCUGGCAGCAGAGAUGGAAGAUCAAGUGGUGACACCAGCUCUGAAGUAAGCACAGUAGAACUGCUGCAUCUGCAACAACAGCAGGCUCUCCAGGCAGCAAGACAACUUCUCUUACAGCAGCAAACAAGUGGAUUGAAAUCUCCUAAGAGCAGUGAUAAACAGAGACCACUGCAGGAAUUGCUUCCAGAAACAAAAUUAUGUGUCCGUGGCCUCUCAUCUGGUAAUGGGCAGCCUCACAACACCUUUGCAGUGCCUGUGUCAGUGGCCAUGAUGACUCCCCAGGUGAUCACCCCUCAGCAAAUGCAGCAGAUCCUUCAGCAGCAAGUCCUGUCUCCUCAGCAGCUCCAAGCCCUGCUCCAGCAGCAGCAGGCAGUCAUGCUGCAGCAGCAACAACUACAAGAGUUUUACAAGAAACAGCAAGAGCAGUUACAUCUUCAGCUUUUGCAGCAGCAGCAGCAGCAGCAGCAGCAGCAGCAACAGCAACAGCAGCAGCAGCAGCAGCAACAGCAGCAGCAACAGCAGCAGCAGCAGCAGCAGCCACAGCAUCCUGGAAAGCAAGCAAAAGAGCAGCAGCAGCAGCAGCAGUUGGCAGCCCAGCAGCUUGUCUUCCAGCAGCAGCUUCUCCAGAUGCAGCAGCUCCAGCAGCAGCAACAUCUGCUCAGCCUCCAGCGUCAGGGACUCAUCUCCAUACCCCCUGGCCAGGCGGCACUUCCUGUCCAAUCGCUGCCUCAAGCUGGCCUAAGCCCUGCUGAGAUUCAGCAGUUAUGGAAAGAAGUGACUGGAGUUCACAGUAUGGAAGACAAUGGCAUUAAACAUGGAGGGCUAGACCUCACUACUAACAAUUCCUCCUCGACUACCUCCUCCACCACUUCCAAAGCAUCACCACCAAUAACUCAUCAUUCCAUAGUGAAUGGACAGUCUUCAGUUCUAAAUGCAAGGCGAGACAGCUCGUCACAUGAGGAGUCCGGGGCCUCUCACACUCUGUAUGGCCAUGGAGUUUGCAAAUGGCCUGGCUGUGAAAGCAUUUGUGAAGAUUUUGGACAGUUUUUAAAGCACCUUAACAAUGAACAUGCAUUGGAUGACAGAAGCACUGCCCAGUGUCGAGUGCAAAUGCAGGUGGUACAACAGUUAGAAAUACAGCUUUCUAAAGAACGCGAGCGUCUUCAAGCAAUGAUGACCCACUUGCACAUGCGACCCUCAGAGCCCAAACCAUCUCCCAAACCCCUAAAUCUGGUGUCUAGUGUCACCAUGUCGAAGAACAUGUUGGAGACAUCCCCACAGAGCUUACCUCAAACCCCUACCACACCAACGGCCCCAGUCACCCCGAUUACCCAGGGACCCUCAGUAAUCACCCCAGCCAGUGUGCCCAAUGUGGGAGCCCUACGAAGGCGACAUUCAGACAAAUACAACAUUCCCAUGUCAUCAGAAAUUGCCCCAAACUACGAAUUUUAUAAAAAUGCAGAUGUCAGACCUCCAUUUACUUAUGCAACUCUCAUAAGGCAGGCUAUCAUGGAAUCAUCUGACAGGCAGUUAACACUUAAUGAAAUUUACAGCUGGUUUACACGGACAUUUGCUUACUUCAGGCGUAAUGCGGCAACUUGGAAGAAUGCUGUACGUCAUAAUCUUAGCUUGCACAAGUGUUUUGUUCGAGUAGAAAAUGUUAAAGGAGCAGUAUGGACUGUGGACGAAGUAGAAUACCAGAAGCGAAGGUCACAAAAGAUAACAGGAAGCCCAACCUUAGUAAAAAAUAUACCUACCAGUUUAGGCUAUGGAGCAGCUCUUAAUGCCAGUUUGCAGGCUGCCUUGGCAGAAAGCAGUUUGCCUUUGCUAAGUAACCCUGGACUGAUCAAUAAUGCGUCCAGUGGCCUACUGCAGGCCGUCCACGAAGACCUCAAUGGGUCCCUGGAUCACAUAGAAAGCAAUGGGAACAGCAGUCCCGGCUGCUCACCGCAGCCGCACAUACACUCAAUCCAUGUCAAGGAAGAGCCAGUGAUUGCAGAGGAUGAAGACUGCCCAAUGUCCUUAGUGACAACAGCUAAUCACAGUCCAGAAUUAGAAGAUGACAGAGAGAUUGAAGAAGAGCCUUUAUCUGAAGAUCUGGAAUGAAAACUGACUUGUGAAACCUCAGAAUGAAGGGACAUAUCACUGACCUUCAUAACCACUCCACAACCAUGAAUCAUUGACAAAUUUUUACUGUGACUAUUUAUUAAGCAUGGAUAAAGGAGACAGCCCUAAAGGAACUUAUUAAGCCAGCCCUUUGGGAUUCAGUACCAACAGGCAAAUUGCUUGUUUUGGCUCUCUCUCUCUUUUUUUUUUUAGGAAAAAAAAAAGACAAAAACUGAUUUUCUUGGAAAAAAAAAAACAAAACUGUUCUUUCUAUAAUGGCUUUGCCCAUUUAAAAAAUGUGGCUCUUAAGGGUUCAUGAAAUGACUGAAUAUGAGGAUACAUGUCCUGUAGAAAGCAAACGCACCUCAUAUACUGCCAAAAAUAGUGUUAGUUUCAUUAAUGUGAAUUUUCCAGCAUUCAGUAGUUGUAAUGUUAGAAACAAUUGCUGGUCAAGUUCAACUUGUUGCUAUUGUUUUUAAUUUGCACAGGAGUAGUAUCAGAAAUUAGUCACUGCUUGUAUCUAGCUGAAUUUUAAACCACAGAACAUUAGUUUUUUAUGUUGGUGCCACCAAUUGUAAAUGACAUAAGUUAGUUAUUACAAAACACAGUAAUUAGACUGUUGCAACCAUCUAAAACCUUAGGCUUCCAGUCUGUGCUGUUAGUGUUAAGAUGUAAAGUGCAAUCCUAAGCUAACAUUGUCUGUGCAAGCACCAUAGAAACAUUUGCAUAUCUGCAUAGAUCUUACAACUGUACUCUUUACCUCCUUGUGAUAAAGCUUUGUCUACCUGCAAACACAGUCAAAGGCUACAGCUGCAAACCAAAGCCAACUCUAACCAUGGCCAAGAGCUCAAGGACAGAAGCAGCCACAUGCUUUGGUCAGCCUUCUGUAACUUCAAUUAGUACAAAGGAACUUUUUCCAUGAACUACCUGCUGUUUUCUGAUGACCUCUGGGAUCUUUUCAUUUAGCCCUAAACAAAGAAACAAAUAUGACAAAAAAAAAAAAAAAAACACA